AUGGCUCAAUACGAAGACCAGCAGGGUCGCAACUAUGGCCGAGUCCCACGCCAAUUCGGCCCGGCCUCGUCCGCCCAACGCGAAGACGCCUUCAACAACAUCUUCGGCGGAGCGCCGGGACAAGGACGGAGUGCGACUAUGAGCAGCGCCACUCCCCAACCACCCCCCGACCGAGCGGCGACCAUGUCCAGCAUGACCAGCGGCGGCGGGUAUAUGCCGCGCGCUCCUCCUGUGCGGCCGGGGCAGAUGGCUAAUGGCUAUUCGCCGUCGAACAUGCAGGGCGGGCCGCCCAACGGACCACCACCGCAGCAGCCAUACAUGAAUGGCAACUCUCCGCAACGACGACCUCCAGCACCGAAUAUGCCACAGCCGAUCAGGCCGGAUAGAGUGCCUUACGGGCAGCCGCAGAGACUGGACUCUCGUGGGCCUCCGCCACCAGGCCAGUACCCGAGGUCUUUCUCUCAAAGACCAUAUCCUCCCGGCGGACCUCCCGGGCCUGCAAUGAACACAGAUGGAUUCAGGACGCAAUCGCUCGCCUCACACUCUCGACCAGUAUAUCAGCCGCCGCAUCCACCAGGUGCACAGUACGGCGUUUCACCUGCUUCCGCAUUUCGACAGCAGCCGUACAUGAAUCACUUGGCGCGAACGACUGCACAAGGCAGAGUGGUGCCGGAGAGGACGGGCGAUGAGCGCACAAUGUCGAUGUCCUCCUAUUCACGGGAUCAAGACUAUGGCCAGACCAUGGCUGGCAGAGUGGUGCCGAGGCAGAAGCGAGAAUCUUCUGACAGCAAUGCGACUGAAAGCACGAUGACGAAUGGUUAUCACAGAAUGCCAAAUGGUGCCACGCCCGGAGGACGUAUGCCCAGCGUAGGCAGUCAAGAUUCCCGGACCAUGUCCAUGGCAUCGACGGUGAUGUCGCCGACAUUGGAAGGCCCACCAUCGAAAGGCACACCUGUCGGCACCACGAGGUCGAACAGCCAGGUCAACUCGACCACUAGUACCAUGGUCGCGCAACAGCGACCUUCACUCGUCUACGGCGCGAUGCUGUCGCAUGUGGCAUCCGCGUUCCGGGAUCGAAUAGCUGUUUCGGAGAAAGAGAAGGAUAGCUUGGUAUACAAGAACGCUUUCAGCGGUUAUGAGGCAGUCGAUUUGAUCGCAUAUAUCAUCCGCACGUCGGACCGCAACCUGGCUUUGCUGUUAGGACGGUCAUUGGACGCGCAGAAGUUCUUCCACGAGGUCGCGUACGCACAUCGCUUGCGCGACUCGCCGAACGAGAUAUACGAGUUCAAGGAGACGUUGAGCGGUGGUUCGCAGAGUGAGGAGCCGCCGGAGGUCAAUGGCGUCUUCACACUUCUUACGGAGUGCUAUUCGCCAACGUGCAGUCGCGACAAUUUGUGCUACUCGAUCGCAUGCCCGCGGAGACUGGAGCAGCAGCAACGCCUGAACAUGCGCAUCACGCCUGGCCUGAAGAGGGAGACGUCGAGAUCCAGCUUGCACGAUGAGGUGGAGAACGAGCAGAAACUCUGGAUCAACACCGUCUCGAAGGAGGUUUCUGACAGCGUGAACGAGCAAGAGAAGAAGAGGCAGGAGAUCAUCUCUGAAUUGAUGUAUACCGAGCGUGACUUCGUCAAGGACCUGGAGUACCUGCGUGACUUCUGGAUCAAGCCGUUACGCACGCCAGACAUCUCGCCCAUCCCCGAGCACCGUCGAGAGAAGUUUAUCCGGACGGUAUUCUCAAACUGCCAGGAGGUGCAUAGUGUGAACUCCCGCAUGGCUGGCGCCCUGACACGACGACAGCAGCAGAAUCCCGUUGUUAGAAACAUCGGCGACGUCUUCCUGGAGUACGUGACGCAGUUCAGCCCGUUCAUCAAGUACGGUGCGAACCAGCUGUUUGGUAAAUUCGAGUUCGAGAAGGAGAAGAGCUCGAACCCAGCUUUCGCGCGGUUUGUGGAUGAGACUGAGCGGCUGAAGGAGUCGCGGAAGCUGGAGCUGAACGGGUAUCUGACGAAGCCUACCACGCGUUUGGCGAGAUAUCCGCUGUUGCUGGAGAAUGUGCUGAAGAAUACUGCGGAGGAUAAUCCGGAUAAGCAUGAUAUUCCGAAGGCGAUCGUGGCGAUUCGAGAGACGCUGGGGCGGGUCAACGAGGAGUCUGGCAAGGCAGAGAACCACUUCAACCUUAUGAGUCUGAAUGCGCAGCUCAAAUGGGGCCAGAUACCGCACAUGGAUCUCAAAUUGACCGAGGAGGCACGGCAGUUGAUCUUCAAGAGUAACUUGAAGAAAGCGCCGACGAAUGAUGUGGCAGACAUCACGGCCUACCUGUUCGAUCAUGCUGUGCUGCUUGUGAGGGUCAAGACGGUCAACAAACGCGAAGAAAUGAAGGUAUACCGCAAGCCCAUCCCUCUGGAACUGCUGCAGAUCAAGGAGAUGGAUAUGGUGCUGCCGAAGCUGGGGAUCAGCAAGCGCCCUUCUUCUAGCAUGAUUCCUGGAGUUGGUAGGACCGUCACUGCAAACCGGCCUGCUGGCGAGCAAGGCUACCCCAUCACCUUCAAAGGUCUCGGCCGCGCCGGCUACGAAUUGACGCUCUACUGCACCAGCCCUAUUCAGCGCGAGAAGUGGAUGGAGCAUAUUCAGACCCAAAAGGACAAACUGUCUGAACGCCACAAGAUCUUCACCAUGUCGAAGCUCAACGAAGGAUACUUCAACGCCAGCCGCCGCAUCAACUGCUGCCGCCCCAUCGACGGCGGUCGCAAACUCGUCGUCGGCACCGAUGACGGCGUGUACGUGUGCGAAAGCAGACCAAAAGACGCUUCUUCUCGGCCCAGACGCAUGCUCGAGACCAAACUCGUCGCCCAGCUCGAAGUGCUCGAACAACACGCCAUCCUCGUGGUCCUUGCCGACAAAGCCGUCUACACCUUCCCCCUCGAAGCCCUCGACCCGGACGAAAGCGUCGCCGGCCCCGCCAAGCGCGGCCGCCGCAUCUGCCACGCCAACUACAUCAACGCCGGCACCUGCAACGGGCAAACGCUCGUCUGCUGCGUCAAAUCCUCCUCCCUCAGCUCAACGGUCAAAGUCUUCGAGCCCAUGGAAGCCCAACGCGUCGGCAAGAAGAAAGGCGGUUUCGCGCGCAUGCUCGCCUCGGGCCAGGAGGUGCUGAAACCGUACAAGGAAUUCUACAUCCCCAUGGAAUCCAACAGCAUCCACUUCCUGCGCUCUAAACUCUGCGUCGGCGGCGCCAAGGGCUUCGAAAUCGUCUCCCUCGAAACACUCGAAACGCAAUCCCUGCUCGACCAAGCCGACACGUCCCUCGACUUCGUCGCCAGGAGAGAGAACGUGAAACCCAUCUACAUCGAGCGCAAUACCUCCGAGUUCCUACUCUGCUACAACGACUUCUCCUUCUACGUCAACAAGAACGGCUGGCGCGCACGCGGGGACUGGAAGAUUUUGUGGGAGGGGUCGCCGCAGGCUUUCGCGACGUGGGGGGAGAGGUAUAUCUUGGCUUUUGAGCCGGAGUUUAUUGAGAUUCGGGGCAGUGAUACCGGCGGGUUGGUGUGUAUUCAGACGGCGAAGGGGGUGCGGUUUUUGCAUCAGAGUACUAGGGAGAUACUUUUUGCGUAUGAGGAUGAGAUGGGGGAGGAUGUGAUUGCUAGUUUGGAUUUCUGGGGGAAGGGAGUUGUGUGA